AUGGAACAAAAUGCACUAGAGUAUAGCGACAACGAUAUCAAUGUAACUCCACAAUCUACUGUCCACAUCACGCUCUGUCUGAGGGGUGCCACCGGCCUCCUUGCACCAGAAGCCGUGCCGCCUCCACCACUGAGACCGCUUCCAUUCAGAACAAUAUCGAAUGCAGUGAGGCCAGUCGAAAUGCCGUGCAACGCUGGUGGUCUAAACGCUGUCCGUGAGAACGUUCGGGAUGGAUUGGCAUCGGGGACAUUCAGCCGUACAACGCCCUACUGGCCGUCGACACCUCGUCAGCUAGAGAUACCUACCUUUAUAUUUGGACGACCUUCUAUGGACCAGACCGUCCCAGAAACUCAGCAACCCCGAGUUCCGGCAGGUGAAAAGCAGUCUGAUGUGGUAUCGGCUUGUGGUGGUUAUGCCACCGACCGCUAUGAAGAAGAGUCUGAAACGGAGUAUGACGCGGCAACGAAGGCACAUUUUAGCCAGCACUUGGGUGUCAUCGAUUGCAGCAGCGGGUUCCAUUCUCAACAUCAGAAAGGGCAGGAGGCGGGAAACGCUGCCCUAUGGGACUAUAACUUGCAACUGCGGUUGCUGGAACAGCAGAACAAGGAACGGUUGAUGGCGUACAGGGCGAGCGCUACAUAG